GGACUAUGCUGCUAGGCGCGAUGAGGGCAACGUAAGUGGCAGGUGUGUCAGUGGAAACUAGCACAAAAGUUCAUAGGAAGACUUGAUGGGAAUUUAGCCACUGCUGGCAAUGGAAGAUGACUCUGGACGCCAUGUGGCACUACCAUUGUGUUCGGUGGAUGGCUCUGGCAAUUACAUGGAGGACAUAGAUGAGAAAGAAAAAUCACCUACCCCUUCAGAUUUAUCAUCAGAUGAUGAAGAUAGUGUUUGGUCCAACACUUCUUUGAGUGUUAGUGAAAAUGAAAUCUAUAUUGGUGAUGAUAAUGAUGAAGAUUUUUAUGUUGUAGAAGCUGCAGCUAACCUAACAGUGGAAGAACAAAAUAAAGUGGAUGAGGCUUCAAGAAUUCAAGAGGAAAAAUUUUUUACUGCAGUAACAGACACUGCAGAGAAAAUAUUAUCAUGCCACGUGCAAUACAAUGAUAUAAAUGAUAUGAUAGCAGACAGACGAAGUUUCUUGGUGGAUGGUGAUUCCUUGUUGAUAAAUGCAGUAGAAAGAAGCGGUUUAGAAAAUGCUGGAGGUGGACAAAUGUUGCACUGCGUGUAUUUAUGUGAGCGCCUGCUUCAGAUUUUUACAAGAGUUAGUGGAACCUUUGAAAUAGUGUUUUCUAAAAUGUGGGACAGAAUACUGAAGGACAACCACAGCAUCCGUUUGGCCAAAUCAGUCUUAAAACAUCAUUUCAGAUACAAUACAAAAUUCUUUGUUCAUGAAGUAAAAGCAAUUUGGAGUGAAGAUUUUAGCCAAAUUCUUAUGCAAUUGAGACCCAGUUUUUUGCUGUGUGACAUUUUACCUGAAGAAUGUAGCUCAUAUUUUUCUGAGGAUAGUUACAGAUGGGUGAAACUGAUGUCCUCUGCAAACAUUUUGUACAGUGUUGGACAAGGUCUUCCUUGUGUUGAUUUUCGUGAUAUUAGUCUGGAUGUUUCUACUAUUUGGGCAUAUGUUAUUGAUUCUGUACCUACAAUCAGUGAGUGGCUUCCAGUCUUCUCUAGGAUGUUUAUGAAAAUCACAAAAGACGAGGAUACGGUGGAGACACUGGUUCAAAUUCCACAAGACUUAUUUAGUGUUAGAAGACUCCUAUACAUUGGCUCUGCUGUCAUGUACCUUACUUCAAACAAAGACACUGAUGCUGUAAUGUUAGUAAAGAUACUCCUCCUGAAAUGUGCAGUUCUAGAUGUUAUGCCCCUGAAAUUCAGAGCAUUUCCACCUCCACUUGAAGUGCCAAAGGAAGCUUCACAUUUUAUAGCAGAAAUUCACAAAUUCAUGCACUUAAUAAUGGAAAAUGUACUGACAUCUGAUUGUUGUUUUAAUACAGUACCUGACAUUUGGCAAGGUAACUUAUUUUUGAAGCUUCUUGUGACAUUAAAAAAUAGUGCACUUGAAUAUAAAUGUGGACUUGGCAGUGUAAUGGGAGAAAUUUAUGUUAAUUUAACAAAUAUUUUGAGUGCUAUUUGGGGAAGCACAUUGGAGCCGUUUCCAAUAACAUUAAAAAGCUUAAAAUGGACCCAGGAAAUAAAAUUUAAACAGAAUGAAAAUUCAAAACUUAAUGCUGAAGCUGCAGCUCUUGCACAGUUUAACCAACUUCUCCCAAUAUCAUGCAGUCUUACAAGGGAGUUUUGUGGUGAAGCAGUUUUAAACAAUCUUGUUAGACUUCAAAAUCAUGCAGCAGAAAUGCAGUCAUUUAUUUCUAGAAACCUUGAUUUUGAAGAAAGACAUCAUUGGCAUUCUCGGAAGAAAUUGACUGAUGAUUUCAGCAGAAUACCUGACAACAAACCAACAGUUGGAAACAGUGUAGACCAAAGAUAUGCUAGGAAAAGAGUACAGAAACAUCAGGCACAAUUUGCAAGGUACAUGAAUAUUUAUGGAACCAAUCUUGAAGGAAGAUUGAUACAAAGAGAUGUAAUCGUUAGAGAACCCAAACUAAGCAACAACACUGCUAGUGUGGUUAAAAGUAAAAAGCAUCAAAAGAAGAAGCCCGAAAAACCAAAAAAGGCAGAUAUUAUAAGAAAACAGAAUAAUGAGGCAAAAAGGCGUCAGCAUGAAGAUGAUGACAAAAUUACAUUUAAAAAGAGCAGCACAAUAAUUAAGAAAUUUCGCAUGAAAUUUGAAUUUGAUGAGGCAUUACAGGAAUUAGAGUUACUGAAAAAAAAAUUAAAAACUGAAUUAUUUGAACUGGAAAUGCUAUUACUGCAAGCAGAAAUUUUGCAUAAAAAAUUACGGUUUUAUUUUGAAGAGAAAGGUGCUGGAAGUUCAGAUGUUGUUGAAUUGUACAAAAACCUAUUCCUUCUCUUGAGAGACAUUCUUAUUGGUUCAGAGUGCAAGUAUGAAUUAUCUGCUGAAAACAAAAAACAGAUAGCAUAUUAUCUAACUUCUUUGAACAUGCCUGAUAUCAGCAGUGAAUGGAAUUUGCCACAUGUUCAAAAUAAUGCAAAAAUGACAAUUAUAGAUCUAAGAAUGUCCUGGGCAGAAUUUCAACUGAAACAUUUAGGACCUUAUUUGAUACGAACAAAUCAAGGUGAAAUUGAUGACGAACUAGGCUUUGCCCCAGAUGAUUGGCAGAGAAUGCUAAUUGAUGUUGUAAGAAAACGCCAGUCUGCAGUUGUUGUUGCUCCAACUUCCUCUGGUAAAACUUAUGCAUCCUACUACUGCAUGAAAUCAGUACUGAAGGAAGGAUAUGAAGGAAUUGUUGUGUAUGUUUCCCCCACAAAAGCUCUUGUUAAUCAAGUAGCAGCAACUGUGUAUGCACGCUUUAAAAAUGUUACAAUGCGAGAUGGUCAAUCAGUUUAUGGAAUAUUUACACGUGAUUAUAGAGAAAAUGCAUUGACCUGCCAAAUAUUGGUGACUGUACCUGAGUGUUUGGAGAUCUUGCUUAUGUCACCUCGCAUGUGCAGUUGGGUUAAGAGGUUGCGUUACAUUAUAUUUGAUGAGAUUCAUUGUUUAUCAGGAAUUGCUGGUGGGCUGUCAUGGGAAACUGGAUUGUUGCUCACACGUUGCCCCUUUUUAGCUCUUUCUGCAACAAUUGAACAGCCUGAAAUUUUGCAACGUUGGUUGCAAGAAUCAAUGAAUUUUAAAAAGACUAGGGAUAUGCAGGAUGGCUGCAAACAGGAUGAUUCACAUUAUAUGGUAUCUCUUAUAACACACAGUGAAAGACAUAAUGAUCUUAAGAAGCAUAUUUAUGUUCAUGAACAGAAUUCAUUGGUUCACAUGCAUCCAUAUGCAUGUCUGGUAAAUAAGGUAGUGGACACUUACAAUGGUAUUCCAACUCAUCUGUCCCUCUCUGCUGAGGAGACAUUAUCAUUGUUUGUCACUCUACAAGGCAUAGAACAAACACACACAGAUGUAGGAUAUUUAAGACCAGAAAGAUUCUUCAGAAGAAAUAGCCAGAAACUUUUUAUUACCCGAUCAUCAGUUAAAGAGUAUGAAAAGGAACUGAGGGAAUUACUGGGUAAAUGGGCACAUGAAUUUAAUGAUUCAUUUGCAUCUGUUGUCAGCCAUUUGGGUCAUGGUGCACAAAAUCUUGUUCACAAUUUGCCAGUGAAAGAAGUAACAUCUCAACUUCCAUCUUUAAUUGAAACUUUGGAAAAAAACAAAAUGUUUCCAGCAAUUGUGUUCCUGUUUAAUCGUAAUCUAAUACAUAAAUUUUUGCAUAAACUAAAUGGAUAUUAUGAUGAAAAAUCACAAGAAGUUUUGAACAGUUCUUCAGAUGACGAUGGUAGAAUAAGUACUGCAACACAACCAAAGACAAUAAGGAAAGGUAAAGAAGUUUAUCUGAGAGAAAGAAGAACAUAUUCUUUGGGACUGUUGAAGGGAAAUGCCUCUUCUAUGCGCAAUGUUGGAGUUGUAGACAGUGAUGAUUUAAAAUAUAUUGAAAUGCGUCUCAUAAGGAAAGGCCUCAGGAAAGAUCAUCCAUUUGUGCAAGGGUUAAGAAAUGGUAUAGGAAUUCAUCACGCUGGCCUUAACUCAGUACAGAGAGGAACAGUUGAAAUGAUGUUCCGUAUGAAAGUGCUGAAUGUUGUGUUUGCGACCUCUACCUUGGCUCUUGGCAUACACAUGCCCUGCAAGACAGUUGUUGUGGCUACAGAUAGUCCAUUUCUAACACCACUGACUUAUCAUCAAAUGUCUGGGCGUGCAGGAAGACGAGGAUUUGAUGUUGAAGGUCAUGUUGUAUUUUGGGGAGUAAAGGAAUCAAAGAUUCAGAAUCUCCUCACUGGAAAACUGCCGAUUAUGUGGGGUAACUUCCCCAUGACUGUAUCUUUAGUGCUACGACUUCUCCUCCUUGUCAGCAUGUGUGACGAGUCAGUGCCAGAAAAUAAUGCUGAUAGGGAAUCAAUUCAGAAAGAGGCAAUAUCGAGGGCUUUGACUUUCCUCAACUGCAACUUAAUCUAUCAGCAUUUUGCAGAAUUAAAGCAGCAAAUGAAACAUUUCUUCGCUUUCUCCACACAGUUGCUGAUGUUGCAGAAACUUCUGGAUGAUAAUGGCAGACCACAGCAUCUUUCUUCGGGGAUAGUGACGCAUUUACAUUACCAUGAACCUGGGAAUCUUGUUUUUGCAUAUCUGUUGCGGAGUGGACUUCUACACAAUAUAUGUGUUACUGAAAAAGAUGGGAGUAUAUCAAAGGAAACACAACUAAAUGUUGUUCUCUUGAUGGCUCAUCUCUUCACUCACAAACGUUUACAUCCGGCAAUGCUUAAGAAUAGGUUUUGCAAUUCUGUUGUGAAACUAAAAGAUUUGCCAACUGAAGUUGUUGAGGUAAUCGAGCGGUAUAACAAUGAAGUUAAAUUCUUAUUUGACCACUAUUUUCGGUGUGUCGCAGAAGACUGUUCGAGAACUAUGGGAGAGGAUACAGUUCUCCCAAUUUCAGAGUUAUGUAUUGAACCAGAAUCAUCAUGCAUGGAGGAAGUAAAAGCAGAAAAUGAGUUACCUCACCUCCUGCAGGAACUUAUGGUGGAGUAUGAACCACGGGUCAUAUGUUCAGCUUUCAUUGCGCUCUCAGGCUAUAGUGACAAUGGACUUUAUUCCGAAAAAGAUACCAUCUCCAAUUUAAGGCAUCAGGUAUUCACUGAUAAAAAAAUAGUUCCACUAUUUGAAGUAAAUCAGAGUCUUAACAGUUAUGCGUGGGACUUCUAUAAUCAUGGUAUACAGGAAGCCAUCAUAAGGGACAAUUUAAUGAGACAUGGUGAUGAUUUCAAUUAUCUGAGAGAUUUUAUGUUAGUUCUGUUAGCAGUGAACACAAGUCUGCAGGAUUUUGAUGAUAUUGAUGAAAACAGUGCAAUUAUAAAAACUUUUGGAAUAAUUGCAGAAACUUUCAGAGAGAAAUUUAAUAAAGCAUACAAUAUUAUACGGGACUGAUUGUUAGGGAAUUAAUAGUACAAAAUUUGGAGUAUGUGCCUUAAAGAUCAUGUUGACCUUGCAAAAUGUAAUCUACGUUUUAAUUCAGAUGGUGACUGUUGUGACUGUGCACACAGGAGUCAUAGACACUGUUAUUUCAAAAUAAUGAUUUUAUGAAAAUAUACUAUUUUUUUAAUCCAAGUUUUUAUUGUGGUUUAAGAGGUUAAUAGUGGAUCACAACAUUAUAACAUUAACACAAUCAGCAGGUUAUUAAGUUUGAUCUUAUAACUUUUUUGGGUAGGGAGAAUUACGGGCAAACCAAGUAUCUUGUUUUUAAUGUAAAAAAUGGGUUUAGGAAAAAAUCAAUAAAUACAACUCAUUUUUAUAUAUGAAGUAUUAAUGAUGUGUUUUAUGAAUAAAAAUAACUUUUGUAUUAUCCUUCUUUUAACUUGUUUCAUAUACAAAGUGAUGAAUAUGGAGAAUCUGAAUGUGAAGUACCAAUGUAACAAGUGCCUUGUGUUUAAUGUAAAAAUGGAUUUUAGAGAAAAAAAAAAAAAAUAUACACAACUCA